ACAAGAAGUUUAUCUAAUCCGGAGCUGGGAUAACCCUAGAAGUAAAGUACACCCAAACGGACGUGUUCCAGCACCGCCAAACCGCUCACACUCAGAGUCGCUCACACUGUUCCGGUUCUCCCUCAGAAUCCCACCAUGCCAAUUUUCCAUUCAAAUCUUUAAGAGACGAAAAUUUACUUGCUAACUUUGAGCUAAGCGGCACCUGACCCAGUCUUUUCCUGAAUUUUCUUGGCGACCAAACGGGGUACAAGUCUCACACUUCAACCGCUGCAUUUAAUUCUGAGAAAAUGAAAAGUUGAAGGAAGAUUGUUGUCGAAUUAUAAUAUGGAUAAGCUAUUAGAUUUUGGAAGAAAAGCGCUAUUCUAUGUGAGGGUUCUUUCCGGAUAUGAAGAGCGGAGAAUCCGAGCAUUCAGGUUGCAGCUUGAGAAGCGUAUACAGCAGGCACAAGAAAGGAAGGCAACCUUAAGAAGGAUUCCAGAGCAGGCUAUUUUAGCAGAGGUUCGACGUAUGGUUGAGGAGAUGCAAACUUUAAACAAGAAGCUUGAAGAGACGGAAGUGGCUAUUGAAGAGUACUUCAAGCCAAUUGACAAAGAAGCUGAGAUCCUUAUGAAAAUGAAACUUGAAGGAGAGGAAAAGACAUUGAAGGAGAUGAUGAAAACCAUGCAUCAACAGGCUUCAAUCGAAAAGGGUGAAGCAGAAAAAAACUUGACUAUACAUCAGGCUGAUAUGAAACAGCACAACUAGGACCAAGCAUCCACCAAAACCCCUCAACAAACUCAAAUGAGAUGAUUCUGUGUAACAUUGAAAAUAUAGAUUCCGACAUGUUUUUGUAAGAGUGUGUUUCGGUUUUGGUUGUCUAUUUAGGAGUCAGUCUUACUGGUAUUUAAUACUCUGUAUCCACCUCAUCGGUUUAAAUAAGUAUUUUGGAUGUCACAGAGGAAGGUAAGAAACAUGUUCGAAGGCUGAUGGGUCAAGGGCAGUGAAAUAACUUGAUAUAGGCGAGCCCUUCAAAGAAUCAGAAGCAGCAAGAAGUAUUCUUAUUUGGGGGCAGCCCCAAAGCUCAAAGAGUUUGGGGAUAGCUUGAGGCUUGAACUCAGCACACAAAGGUAAUUAAUAAAUUUCACUUAAUUCAA